GCUUCAGCCAGUGCUACACAUUUAUCCUCACUCUCAGGAUUUCAGACACUUCUAACGGACUGACAACCAUGGGACAGUGAUGGCACAGACACAGCAGGAUUUUAACAGUAGGAAGAUGAUGAUGGACAAAAAUGAAACUUGGUUCUCUAAUUUCUCCUCUGCUGCCUCCUCUUAUGUGAAAGGAGAUGGCACCUGGACAGGGAUCGGUGUCCAGGAGGUGGUCAUUGGUCUGAUACUGAGUCUCAUUGACUUGGUCACACUCCUGGGAAAUACAAUAGUCUUCAUCUGCCCAGUGGUGGAAAAAAGGCUGCGUACUGUCACCUAUAUGUUUAUCAUGUCUUUAGCCAUGGCAGACUUCCUUGUAGCUUGUCUGGUCAUGCCCUUUAGCAUCAUUUACGAGGUGACCGGGAUGUGGUUGUUCGGGAAGCUGUUCUGCAAAGUCUGGAUCUCCUUUGACGUCAUGUUCUGCACUGCAUCCAUUGUCACGUUGUGCUUCAUUAGCCUGGACAGAUACUGCUCCGUGGUGACCCCAUACCACUAUUCAAGACGGAUGUCCCGUGGCCGAUGCAUUGUGAUGACCUGCAUGGUCUGGGUAUACUCCUCCCUCAUUUCCUUCCUUCCCGUGAUGCAAGGUUGGAAUGAGAUUCCUGGGGUGGACUUUGAUGCAGGCAGAGAAUGCAUCUUUGUCACCAACUGGAUUUUUGCCAUCGUGGCUUCUGCUCUGGCAUUUUUUGUCCCCUUCAUGGUCAUGUGCAGCAUGUAUUUCUUCAUCUACCGAGCUUCACGGCUCAAGGCCACUCGUAUCAUGUCUCAGACCUUGGAGAUUCACUACCACCCCAACAGCAAGCGGCAGAACCAUUUGCAGCUGGAGAACAAGGCCACGCGGACCAUCAGCAUUAUCAUUUCAGUCUUCGUGCUGUGCUGGCUGCCGUACUUUGUCCUGAACGUCUGGCUCGCUGCCCGAGGCACCCACUCUACCAGCACGGUCUUGGUUGACACCUUCAAGAUCAUCACUUGGUUAGGGUAUUGCAACUCCACCAUCAACCCAAUGCUCUACGCUUUCCUGAACCGGGACUUCCAACGGGCCCUGAAGAAGCUUCUCAUUUGCAGGCACAGGUCUCAGGUGGACAUUGGAGAAGACAUGGUUUCCAUAGCCACGUUUUCUAAGACUGCUCCAGACCUAGAAUAUAGUGUUACAGUGGCAGUGCCCAACGGUGCACUGAAGGGCAAACCCAAGUAAUAGGGAUUCAGAAUCAGUUGCUGAAGGUGGUGAAAAUACCAGAGCACAUCCUAAUGGAAAAAUAAUGGGUAGGAAAAUAUAAGAAGGAGAGUCUGGACUACUACAGCUGGGGCCAUAUGACAAAGAUGCAUUUCUUCAUCCUCCAGUUUUACAAAGGAGGAACUUUGAUAUUUUAGGGGCAAUUUGUUAUAACUGAUAGAGCUAAUUCCCUCCUGGGUAAUUAUUUUUUUAAUGAGCAUUUCCUAAGACAAAUUCAACCU